CUUUCUUUCGUUCAUUCCUGGUUUUAAUCAUGCAAUUUCUCCGUUUGUACAACUUACAAGUCGGUCUUCUCCCUAUUUUCCUCGUUGCUUCUAGGGACUAAUGAACCUGCCUAUUCUAUCUAUAUGCUAACUGCAAUCUAGUGCAAUUCACUCUUCUCUUCCUCUUCCACAUUUCUGAAAGUGCAGUAAGCAUUUGAGCUAAAACCAAUGGCAUCUUCAUCAUCAUCAUCCCACUCAAAGAAAAGAAAAGAUGGCUUCUCAGGAAUUGAACCUCCAGGCACGAGGCGAAAGGCUUCUGACUCGACAACACUGUAUGAUGUGUUUAUCAAUCACAGAGGCCCUGAUUCCAAACAAACUCUGGCUCUUCCGCUCUACGAGUCUCUUGAGGAGUUAGGAAUACGGGCUUUUCUUGACAAGGAAGAGAUGGAACUUGGACAAUCCUUUCCUUCUGCCAUUGAGACUGCUAUCAACUCUGCGCUAGUUCAUAUCGCUAUCAUCUCCAAGAGAUAUGCAGAAUCCCCUUGGUGCUUGCAGGAGCUGAUUCUCAUGCAACAGACUAAAGCUAAGAUUAUUCCUGUUUUUUAUGGGGUGGAACCCUGGGAAGUGCGAUACAUAGAAAAGGGAGCGUACGCUGAUGCAUUCAUUCAAUACCAGAACAAAUCCAGGUACUUGGAGAAGCUUGAUGUCUGGAAGAAAGCUCUUCAAGAUAUUUCAUUUACCGCAGGUCACGAAAUAAAAGAUUUGAACGUCAGUGACUACGAAAGGAUAGUAAUAGCAGUGCAAAAGGAAGUUCAGAGGGGAAAACGUUUGCAUGUUGCCAAGUAUCCAGUAGCACUUGAUAAGCUUGUACAAGAUUUUCAAAGGCGAUGCCUUGAGAAGCUUGUACAAGAUUUUGAAAUCAAGCGUGGACAGAAUGAAAGGAAAGGGAAGGCUGGGAUCGUUGGCAUUUUUGGAAUCGGUGGGGUAGGCAAAACAACUCUUUGCAAAGAGUUGUUUAACCGAAAGCGUGGAGAAUAUGAUCGAGCCUGUUUUCUAUUUGAUGUCCGGGAAGCCUCAGCUAGAAGCAAGUUACCUUCUUUGCAAAAGCAACUCCUCAAAGAUCUCUUUGGUGUAAAAAAGCCCAGUUUUCAAAGUACAGAGGAAGGGUCAAGUUCUAUCUUUGAUCAUAUAGAGAGAAGCGAACUUCCGAGCUUCCUAGUUGUUCUUGAUGAUAUUAAUCACCUGGACCAGUUAGAGACUUUUAUGAUAAUGGAUUUGCUAAAGAAACCUGGUAAUAGUCUUGUAAUUAUUUCAACCCGUGAUGUAGGGGUGCUUAAAAGGGCCGGAGUUGAGGUUUGUUAUCACUUACAAGGAAUGGAUAAAGUUGAUUCCAGAGAUCUUUUUAGUUUGCAUGCUUUCUCCCAACCACAUCCGGCUACCGGAUAUGAAGAUCUUGUUGAUGCCUUUUUACGUGUUUGUGGAGGCUUGCCUCUGUCUCUAAAAGUUUUGGGAAGGCAUGUUCAUAAUCAAGAUAUAAAUUACUGGAGGAUAGCGCUGGACAAGUAUGGCGAGAGAUUGCAUGUAGACAUAAAACAAAUACUUAAAAUAAGCUAUGACGCUUUAGAGACAGAAGAAAAACAAAUUUUCAUAGAUAUUGCAUGCUUUUUUGUUGAUAAUUUGACGGACACUGCCAUAAGAGUAUGGAAGGCAUCGGGAUGGAAAGCUGAAUAUGGACUGCAAACAUUAAAAGACAGGUGUCUUGUUGAAGAAAUAAAUGAUUCCGUGCCUGUAUUGAGAAUGCAUGACCAUCUGCGGGACUUGGGAAGAGAAAUGGCAAACGAACCUAGCCAUCCUCCUCGCCUGUGGCGUCCUCGGGAUCUUAAAAAUUUGGAACCCAAGGGAUUUGAAAACAUUCUUAUUCAAACCAAAAGGAGGUGUUUCCAUUCCUUUUUUGACGAGUCCCUUAAAUCUAGAAUUACGUUCCUAUUGGGGGAACUGGAUGACAGUGCUGCGAUUUCAACUCCUUUGCUAUUGCUUCAACUGGAUGUGGAGGGAUAUUUAUCCGAUUCAAUUCCUUCAUGGAUUCCACUCCAAAAUAUGCAGUGUUGUACAAUCAACGGUGGUCAUUUCAAUAGAUUGUGGCGGCAAGAUGUCCAGGCUCCUUCCCAAUUGAAAGUACUAGAAAUUAGCGAGCAAUGUAAUAUAAUAAGGCUUGUAAUUAGUGGAAAUCAUUGUCCGAAACUUCAAUUCUUGGAACUUUCUUGCAUGGAAAAUCUUAUUGAAGUGAAGUUUACCAAUUGUGAAGAUUUUGAAAGAUUAAAUUCUCUUAAGAUUAGUGAUUGUAAAGAUCUCAAAAGAUUGUCAGUGACAUCCGAUCUUACAAAGCUUGAAGAAUUGAACAUUAGUGCAUGCUCUCAGCUUGAUGAGGCAAGCCUCGACCACCUGCAAUACCUCAAAAGAAUUACAAUUUCAGAUUGUAAUUUGAAAAGUAUGCGAGGAAUAUCCAGUUUUACGAAGCUUGUAGAAUUGAACAUUAGUAGAUGUUCAUUACGUAACGGGUUAAGCCUUGAACAACUGGUCUGCCUCGAAAAAGUUAUGAUUGAAAACUGUUCUAAUUUGAAUAGUGUGACAGGUAUAUCUUAUCUUCCAAAGCUUGUAGAACUAAGCAUUUCCUUGUGCUGGAAGCUUCAUCUUGAGUUGCGUCUGGUGGCUUUGAACUUUCUGAAGAGGAUAACAGUUGAUUCGUCUCUCAAGGUUAAAUCUUUUGAGCUAGAUGGUUGUAAACAUCUGGAAACAGUAUCAGGAACAAACAUUAACUUUUCAAAGAUUCAAAUGGUAACCAUUAGUGCCUGUCCAGAGCUUAGGGAAUUGCCAGUUAUCUAUGGUGCAAAUUGCCUGGAGAAAAUUACAAUUAAUGGUUGUGUGAAGCUCAAUUAUCUUCAGUUGACGGAUUGUAGAAAUUUGAAAGGAUUAUCCGGUAACUUUGAUCUGGCCGAACUGUCCAUCAACGAUUGCCCAAUGCUUGCAGAGCUGCCAUUUUUUGGGCAUGCGACAUGCCUUAAGGAGAUUCGCAUUCUUCGGUGUGGAAACCUAGAAAACAUAACUUUGCCAACGACUCUGAAGCGUCUUGAGUUGAAUGCUUGUGGAGAACUGAAAAAUCUUACAGGAAUAUCAGCUCUUAAAGAAUUGGUAGGAUUGAAUAUUCAUGCAUGCCCUAAGCUCCAGGAUUUGGGUGUUGCACAUCUUACCAAGCUUGUAGACUUGGAAAUUUCUGAGUGUAGGGAGCUUGAGCUUUGCCUCUCGGGUAUGAGCUGUUUGGAGAAUAUUGCCAUUAUUAAAUCUGAGAAGCUGCAGACCAUAACGCUGCCAUAA